AUGCUCGCGAAGUAUCUUAUCGCCCCAUUCGUCUUUGUUGCUUGUGCUAUAGGCACUCCUAUUGAGCUUGAGGCUCGCCAGUCGUGCUCAGCCCUGCAACUUGUCCAUAUCGCAGGCACAACUGAAAUUGGGCUUGGUAUUGUUGGGACUCCUCUUGCAGCCGCUCUCGCAUCGAGCGGAGUUACCACGAAGUCAAUUACUUAUGACACCUCUGCGGAAUAUAUCGUUACUGUUGCCGCCGGGGCUGCUAUCACUACAUCCUACCUUGCUGCUCAGGCCAUUGCUUGUCCUAAUCAGCGCUUCGUACUAAGCGGAUAUUCCAAAGGCGCACUUGUUCUGCACAGUACAACCCUUACCAGUAAUCUGAAAUCUAAAGUCGCAAGCAUUCUAGUUUUUGGUGACCCAGCCCGCAAUAUCAAUCAGCCUUGGCCUAUCAAUAACCCCUCAGUGGAUUUGUCGCCCAAGGACGGAAGCUCAAGCUCUCAGAAUAUUGCUAGCUUCUGUAACACUGGCGAUUUGUUUUGUGCUAUUCCUGGAGUUAGUUUGCCGGCUCACUUGGCAUAUCCGACUGACGGAAGCAUUGGCGUUGCCGCGACGUUCGCCAAAGCCCGACCAUGA